AUAUCGGACACGAUGGAGUCCUGUGUAUCAGGUCAGUGGGACAGAGUAGGACCGGUGGAAGUGGACGACAUCAGGAGAGACCUGCUGAGAGACUUCACUGACCUCCCACCACAGGAGCGGUCAGAGUCUCAGGUGGAGAACCUGCAGGUGUAUCUGAGGGUUCGUCCUCUGACGGCAGCAGAAAGCAGCGCUCACACUCAGGACUGCGUGACCCUCGAAGGUCCAGAUACAGCCGUGCUGAAGGCUCCCAGGAUCAGCCAAUCAAACAAGCAGAAUGACAAGCCCCUCCCACAAACCGCACAGAGGUUCACCUUCACACAGGUGUUCGGUCCAGACUCGGGUCAGAAGACGGUGUUCGAUGGUUCUGUUCGGUCUUCGGUCCGAGACGUUCUGGACGGAGGAAACUGUCUCGUGUUCACGUACGGAGUCACCAACGCUGGGAAGACCUUCACCUUCCUGGGUCCAGAGCAUGACUCGGGCCUGCUGCCCAGGUCUCUGGCGGUCAUCUUUAACAGCAUCGAGGGACGUCUGUACGGUCGCUGUGAUCUGAAGCCGCAGCGCUGCAGAGACUUCAGCAGACUGACUCCAGACCAGCUGGCAGCAGAGACCAGCAGCAAGAAGAACCUGCUGAGACUGCUCAAAGAGAGCGACAGGAGCGACAGGAGCGACAGGAGCGACAGGAGCGACAGGAGCGACAGGAGCGACAGGAGCGACAGGAGCGACAGGAGCGACAGGAGCGACAGGAGCGACAGAAGCGCAACGUUCAGCAGAUCAACUUUUCUUGACGGCUCUCUGGGCUCUGACAGCAGCGGUGUCUCUGAGGUCGAUAGCUUCUGUCUGGACGUCGAGUCGAACGUUCGUUUCUCCGUCUGGGUUUCAUUCUGCGAGAUUUACAACGACAACAUCCACGACCUGCUGGAGCAGGUUCCCAGUGGACACCACAAGAGGACGGUGCUGCGUCUGUCUCAGGACGUCAAAGGAAACUCCUUCAUCAAAGACCUGCGCUGGGUUCAGGUGAACAGCUCAGAGGAAGCUUACAGAGUGAUGAAGAUCGGGAAGAAGAACCAGAGCUUCUCUUCCACCAGACUGAACCAUCUGUCCAGCAGAAGCCACAGCAUCUUCUCCAUCAGGAUCCUCAGAGUCGAUGACGUCGGCGUUCCCAGAGUCCUCGGCAUCAGCGAGUUGGUUCUGUGUGACUUGGCCGGGUCGGAGCGCUGCUCCAGAACUCAGAACACCGGAGAACGUCUGAAGGAAGCUGGAAACAUCAACAACUCUCUGCUGACGCUCGGGAAGUGUCUCCACGCCAUGAGACAGAACCAGAACGCCAA